AUGCCAGAAAAUAACCUAGCUGAAGUUGUGGCUUGUAAAACUAAAAAAGAUAGAAAAAGAAUUAGAGCACUAGGAUUCUCUAGCUCACAUAAAAAGAGUAAAAGUGCAGUUACUGCACAAAUACCUACAUCUAUCUCUAAUUCCUCUCAAAUAUCACAUUCUCUUGCAGCACCAAAAGAUAACUCUUCUUAUCCCGAUGUAAGCCAAACUAAUCUAAAAGAAG